ACCGAUUCCCUUGAAAAGUGUUAACGCUUAUAUUUUUGGAAUUAUAAUCUAAUGUGGAAAUUACACAAUCACUUUUUAUGUCAGUAAGAAACAACAUUAGCAACUUUUCACAACACCAUCACUGUUGGGUAAGUUACUCUUUUAAAAAAAAAAAAAAAAAAGGUAAUUAAUUACUAACUAAUUACAUCUUCUACAGUGUAAUUAGAUUACUGUACUAAUUACUCUGUCUGAAAAGUAACUGCAUUACUUAUUACUUUCUAAAACCCUGAUCAACCUUGACCAGAUGAAAAAUACAAGGACAGACAUGAAACUUUUCUUUUAAAUAAAUAAAAUAAAUUGUUCAUGAACUGGCCAAAGAAUUUAAAGGGGCAGCGUUAAAUUAAAAACACGCAGUUUAACAUUAGACUUUAAAUUUAGAUUUGAAAUUCUAGAGUCCAUACAGUAUUUAACGCAAUUACAUCAGAAGUAACUAAUUAAAUCACUGAAAAAUUAAGAGUAAUCCCUUACUUUAUUUUUUCGCGAAUUACACCCAGCGCCAUAAUGUGACAUUUGUACAUUUACAUGUAUUAAUUUAGCAGGUUUAUAUUGGAAAUGGACGUUAAACAAGAAAAAUAAAGUAGACUACAUUUAAUCCAUAAAAAAAUAAAUAAAUAAAUAGAGGGUUUGAUGACGCCAGCCGAUAAGAAACGUCGUUUGAGGGGUGGAGCUAGUCAUUACAUUUUAAUUAAAGGUUUUUUUUUUUUUUUACUUUAUAAUAAGUGCGCUGAUGAACUGUUCACAGGAAGACUACGAAGGUGAAUUAAUACAGUAAAUAUGGUAAAUUAUUUUAAAUUGAUAUUACAGAGUAACGGCUGAAUUUGACGUCACGAUCUGUGAUGACGUCUCAUCUGAACUUGACUGGACUCGCGAGCGCGCUGCCGCUUUCACACCAACUCUCAUUGAAUCAAAUUAAAACAAUGUGUCUUAUAUGUAAACUCGGAAUGUAUUUAUGAUGUAUAUAGUUUAUAGACGUGUUGAGGGUUGUGUAAACUCAUCUGAGUCAUUCGGCCCGCGCCUCUGACAAGCUCCUGACUGGUUGUAGUGUUUAGCGAAUAAUCGAAACUCCGUGAGAAUCUGAACAGUAAUGGAGUUAUUCUGUCAUGAAAGUAUUGAACCGGACUUGAGUUCUCAGAUGAACCCCAAACCGGUUCGGGCGUUCAGUGACGCGGUUCUGACCCGAGAUGUGCGGGUCCGACAGAACCUGCUGAGCUCUGAGAGACCGAGCAUCAGCACCGAACCCAAAUCCGGGGUCGAACAGACCGACGUCCAGCCGUAUAUGCGCCGAAUACUCGCGGGGUGGAUGCUGCAGGUGUGCGAGGACCAGAAGUGUGAAGAGGAAGUGUUUCCGCUGGCGAUGCAUUACCUGGACAGGUACAUGUCGCAGUAUCCUGUGCACAAAAACCACCUGCAGCUGCUGGGAUCGGUCUGCAUGUUCCUGGCGUCUAAACUACGGGAAUCAGUUCCACUGAGUGCCGCCAAACUCUGCAUCUACACGGACCACGCCGUCACCCUUCCAGAAAUCCUGCAGUGGGAGGUGCUGGUGGUGUCACGGCUGAAUUGGGACCUGGCCUCAGUGUUGCCUUCUGACUUCCUGGAGCUGCUACUGCAGGGUCUACCAAUCACAUCACAGAACCCCGCGGUCAUACGGCAACACGUGCACUCCUAUAUCGCCCUGACCGCCACAGAGUUACGGUUCUCAGUCUUCACUCCGUCUACGGUAGCGUGUUCAUGUGUGACAGCAGCUGUGAUCAGACUGAAAGUGCUGACAGAGACGUUAAACACUGAUGAUCUCCUGCAGCUCACGAGGAACAUCUUAGAUGUGGACACGGCGUCUCUACGUGAGUGUUACUCUGCUCUGGAGGAGACGAUCGACCUCACGCUGACCUCAGCACCUGCGACUGACUCACCUGAGCUCACCAGCACACCUGUCAACGUACAGGAUGUCAAACUGUGACAGGUGGAUGUAUCAAAUCCACACUAGACCAUCAUUAUCAAAUGCAAUCAAAUCCACUCACAACUCUGUGAAGUUAAAUCAAUUCUAGCACUUUCUUGUCUAUCGUUGUCGGUUCCGCUGUACUAAAAUGUAUCAGUGUUUGUAAAGUUGACAGUGUUCACAUUUAACGUUCGUUUCUUCAAUGUUUGUAGAGUCAUUUUUGAUUUAGCAGAUGCUUUGCAUUGAAGCAGAUAUUUGCAUUGCCAUCAAACCUUUGUCCUGUUAAACACAUGCAGGUUUGAACCAAAACGCUGAUGUAAACGUUGCCGUUUUCAUCGUGUUAGCACUCAUUUUUAUACAUACUAACUGAACACUACUGCUUUAGUGAUUAAACUAAUACAUUCUUCUUUGAUAUUAAUGUUAUUGAUAGAGUUAACCAAUGUGAUAAUAAAAA